UCCCGGCCCUGGGCCAGCAAAGGAGACUUGUGGGAGGGCGUGUGACCCCCUCACCUCGGCCCUGGGUCGGAGCCCAAGCCCCAUACUCUCAGGUGAGAUACUCUCAGAAGCCGGCAAUGACCACUUGCACGGUCCUCGCGAGCGGCCUUGGGGAUCCCCGGCUCUGCGCCCCUGCACGGUGGGCUCCAUCCACUCCCAGGCUGCCCCGGGUGCUACCCUGGCCCCAGCCUCGGCUCCGGCUGCUGCUGCUGCUCCUCCUCCUGCUGCCUUCUGCCCUCCCCGAGGUAUUCAGAGUGGGGGUUUUAGGCCCCUGGGCCUGCGACCCCAUCUUCGCCCGUGCCCGUCCGGACCUGGCUGUCCACCUGGCCGCCAACCGCCUGAGGCAUGACCCAGCCCUGGAACGCGGUCCCCGCUUCGAGGUCUUGCUGCUGCCGGAGCCCUGCCGGACGCCAGGCUCGCUGGGGGCUGUGUCCUCCGCGCUGUCCCGCGUCUCUGGUCUCGUGGGUCCCGUGAACCCUGCAGCCUGCCGGCCCGCGGAACUCCUGGCCCAAGAGGCGGGGGUCGCGCUGGUGCCCUGGGGCUGCCCCGGGACACGGGCUGCGGGCACGACGGCCCCCGCAGUGACGCCAGCCGCGGACGCCCUCUAUGCCCUCCUUCGCGAGUUCCGCUGGGCACGCGUGGCCCUGGUGACCGCCCCCCAGGAUCUGUGGGUGGAGGCGGGACGCUCACUAGCCACUGCACUCAGGACCCGGGGUCUGCCGGUUGCCCUGGUAACUGCCAUGGAGCCUGCCGACCGAUCUGGAGCCCGGGAAGCCCUGAGGAGGGUCCAGCACGGGCCCAGAGUCAGAGCAGUGAUCAUGGUAAUGCACUCUGUGCUGUUGGGCGGCGAGGAACAACGCUGCCUGUUGGAGGCUGCUGAGGAGCUGGGCCUGGCCGAUGGCUCCCUGGUCUUUCUGCCCUUCGACACACUCCACUACGCCUUGUCUCCAGGCCCAGAGGCCUUGACCGUGCUGGCCAACAACUCACAGCUUCGCAGAGCCCACGAUGCAGUUCUCACUCUCACACGCCACUGUCCCCCUGGAGGCAGCGUGCUGGACAGCCUGCGCAAGGCCCAAGAGCACCAGGAGCUGCCCCCUGACCUUAAUCUGCAGCAGGUAUCUCCACUCUUCGGCACCAUCUAUGAUGCAAUCUUCUUGUUGGCGGGGGGUGUGGUGCGAGCUUGGGCAGCAGUAGGUGGCAGAUGGGUGUCCGGAGCAGCUGUGGCCCACCACGUCCAGGAUGCCCAGGUCCCAGGAUUCUGUGGAACCCUGGGAAAAGCCGAGGAUUCCCCGUUUGUGCUGCUGGACACAGAUGAGGCCGGGGAUCGGCUGUUCACCACAUACGUGCUGGACCCCACCCGGGGCUCCUUCCACUCUGCUGGGACCCCAGUGCAUUUCCCUAGAGGGGGCCAAGGGCCUGGGCCCGACCCCUCUUGCUGGUUCGACCCAGACGUCAUCUGCAAUGGAGGAGUGGAUCCUGGUCUUGUCUUUAUCGGCUUCCUCCUGGUGGUUGGAAUGGGGCUGACGGGGGUCUUCCUGGCCCAUUAUGUGAGGCACCAGCUACUGCACAUUCAGAUGAUCUCAGGCCCCAACAAGAUCAUCUUGACUCUGGAUGACAUCACCUUCCUCCACCCACAAGGAGGCAGUACUCAAAAGGUGGCCCAGGGCAGCAGUCGGUCAAGCCUGGUUGCCCACAGCAUGUCAGACAUCUGCAGCGUCCCCAGCCAGCCCCCAGACAACUCCAGCAUUGGCCUCUAUGAGGGAGAUUGGGUUUGGCUGAAGAAAUUCCCAGGGGAUCAGCAUAUAACCAUCCGCCCAGCAACUAAGACAGCCUUCUCCAAGCUCCGGGAGCUCCGGCACGAGAACGUGGCCCUCUACCUGGGGCUCUUCCUGGCGGAAGGAGCGGACAGCACCGCGGGCCCCGGGGAAGGCACGCUGGCUGUGGUCUCAGAGCACUGUGCCCGGGGCUCCCUCCACGACCUUCUCGCCCAGAGAGACAUAAAGCUGGACUGGAUGUUCAAGUCCUCCCUCCUACUGGACCUCAUCAAGGGAAUGAGGUAUCUGCACCACCGAGGCGUGGCCCACGGGAGACUGAAGUCCCGGAACUGUGUGGUGGAUGGGAGAUUCGUGCUUAAAGUCGCCGACCACGGCCACGGGAGACUCCUGGAAGCCCAGAGGGUGUUACUAGAGCCUCCCAGCGCGGAGGACCAGCUGUGGACCGCCCCGGAGCUGCUUCGCGACCCAGCUCUGGAGCGCCGGGGAACCUUGGCCGGCGAUGUCUUCAGCCUGGGCAUCAUCAUGCAGGAGGUCGUGUGCCGCAGCUCCCCCUACGCCAUGCUGGAGCUGACGCCUGAGGAAGUGGUGCAGAGGGUGCAGAACCCCCCUCCCCUGUGUCGGCCCUUGGUUUCCGUGGACCAGGCACCCAUGGAGUGCAUCCAGCUGAUGAAACAGUGCUGGGCAGAGCAGCCGGAACUUCGGCCCUCCAUGGACCGCACCUUCGAACUGUUCAAGAGCAUCAACAAGGGCCGGAAGACCAACAUCAUCGACUCCAUGCUGCGGAUGCUGGAGCAAUACUCCAGUAACUUGGAGGACCUGAUACGGGAGCGCACCGAGGAGCUGGAGCUGGAAAAGCAGAAGACAGACCGGCUACUCACACAGAUGCUGCCUCCGUCUGUGGCUGAAGCUUUGAAGAUGGGGACCCCUGUGGAGCCUGAGUAUUUUGAAGAGGUGACACUGUACUUUAGCGACAUUGUGGGCUUCACCACCAUCUCUGCCAUGAGUGAACCCAUCGAAGUAGUGGACCUGCUCAAUGAUUUAUACACACUCUUUGAUGCCAUCAUCGGCUCCCACGAUGUCUACAAGGUGGAGACAAUUGGGGACGCCUAUAUGGUGGCCUCUGGGCUGCCCCAGCGGAAUGGGCAGCGGCACGCAGCGGAGAUCGGCAACAUGGCACUGGAUAUUCUCAGCGCUGUGGGCUCCUUCCGCAUGCGCCACAUGCCCGAGGUGUCCUUGCGCAUCCGCAUCGGCCUGCACUCGGGCCCGUGCGUGGCCGGCGUGGUGGGCCUCACCAUGCCGCGGUACUGCCUGUUUGGGGACACCGUCAAUACCGCCUCGCGCAUGGAGUCCACCGGGCUGCCUUACCGUAUCCACGUCAACGUGAGCACCGUGCGGAUCCUCCGCGCUCUGGACGAGGGCUUCCAGAUUGAGAUGCGAGGCCGCACGGAGCUGAAGGGCAAGGGCGCCGAGGACACGUAUUGGCUGGUGGGCAGACGCGGCUUCACCAAGCCCAUCCCCAAACCGCCGGACCUGCAACCGGGGGCCAGCAACCACGGUAUCAACCUGCAGGAGAUACCUCCCGAGCGGCGCAGGAAGCUGGAGAAGGCGAGGCCGGGCCAGUUUCUGGGAAAGUGAGGCCCGGCUGGGACAGGAUUAUUCCAGAAGGUCCUCUUCCUGCAAGUUGCUGCUAUAGGUGACCAAAAUUUGGCUGCUACCCAUGGCUUCUGUGCAGCUCUUCAUCAAAGGAUUCUGGGCCUUCAGAAGAGCUGGUUGCAAACCAGUCGUGUGACCUUGGGAAAGACUCAUGCAACCUCUGGGCUUGGGUUCCCCUCCGUGGUGAAAUGAGGAGUGGCCUAGGUGGUUUCCACACCCCAUGGCAACUGAGUUUCACAAGGGUUGUCUUGGGAUAUAGGUCACUGGGAAUGUGACCCUGAGACCCCGAGGGUGUUGGGGUGGGGUUUCUUCACUUUCCGGGGCUUUUUAAGGCACCAGGAAGGAGGAUUUGGGAUUGGAUGCCCCAACACUAGAGAAGGUGGAGACCUCCUGUUGCACCAGGGUAGGGGUGUCACAUGGCCCGAGAGUGUGAGGGCUUCUGCUUAGCCUCAAGCAUCAGUCCCUUCUCCAUCCCCCACCAGUCAGAAAGUGGCUUCUUCACCCAUGGGCAUAAUCAUGUAACUUGCCCAAGUGCAGAGAAAAGCUUGCUUCAAGGCUUUGAGGAAAGGAAACAAACUGCACCAAACCUUUACUAACCAGAACACCUGAGGGAUUAUCACCCAGUAAUCUUCUCUGUUUAACUGGGUGGUGCUGAGCAAGCAGUUGGAACAGGAAAUCCUCUCUGCUUCGGUCCAUGCAACAAGUGUCGACCCCGUCCUGGUAAGUCUCUAGGUGAGGUUUCUUUUCUGCAGUUCUGAUGUUCCAGAGCCUUGGCAUGUUUGACUGGGUGUUUUUCCCCAUUGCUGCAGACCAUGACAGAAGUUAACAGCAGCCACAGGCACCCAGAUUGCCACUAUAAGUAGUGAGCCUCCAGUCCCUGGAGGUGUGCAAGUAGAACUGGAGACAUCAUUGACCAAAGAUACAACAGUCAAGGGGAAUUCCUAGGUGGGCGGAUGGACUAAAUCCUCACUAUACAAUAAGCGUGGUUGGUGGACCAGCAGCAGCAAUAUCACCUUGGAGCUUGUUAGAAAUGCAGAAUCUCAGGCCAGACCUAGUGACAGAAUCUGCAUUUCAACAAGUUCCUGGAGUAUUUAUAUGCACAUUAAAGUUUUUGAAUCAUGGCGUUAACUCAUCCUAGGAACCCUAUGUUUCAGAAUCUCUAAGAUUUCAUAAAAACUAAGCUAGAAACUAGCCCUGAGACUUGUUCUGUGUGGCCUAUGGUGUGAUUUUGAUUUUGGUUGAGUUAACAUUUUAAAAUCAAGAGAUACCACUUUUAAAAUAUAUAUACCAAAUUUCCCUCUUCUCUGAAAAUAAAAGCUCUGCACAGGGGCAACUACUGACUUUCGGCUGGAGCUAAAGAGCAACUGUUCCUCUCCCCAGGGCUUCACUCUCCAGUUCUCAUGGUCCCCAGCACUCCCUGUGGACUCCAGGACACCAAGAUUGUUUGAACAUCCCCAGGUGCCUGGGCGGUGCCUGCAGGCAUUCAAGCUCAGGACUCCCGGAGCAGCUGGUGUUAGGACUGCAAAGGCUCCUGGGAGUUCCUUUGUCUGAUUCAUAAAAUCCUUGAAAUCUACAAGCUUAGUAGUCUUCCCCUCCUUCCUAAAGGUAGAAAAAUCUAAAUAUCCAGCACUUGUAGGUUCUGGUUACUUAAGGUGGUGCUGAUAUAGUGAGUAACUAAGUUCAUUUUUUUAAAAAGUACUUUAAACAGAAUAUGGAGAUGAUGAAUUAAAGAUUUUGUAAAAAUC